AUGCUACAAUCACAGUACGUCUCUUUGAUGAUCGAAUACGCUUCCGAUGGCGCUGAGUCUACGCGUGGCAAGAAGGUCGCGAUUUCAGGCUCUGGAAAUGUCGCACAGUAUGCCGCUAUCAAAGCCAUUGAUGCGGGUGCUGUCGUCCUUACUCUGUCCGACAGUAAGGGGACGCUCAAAGCUAUCUCUGUGGAAGGCUUCACAAAAGACGACAUCGCCCUCAUCGCCUCUAUCAAGAAGAAACGCCUUCCACUUUCCGACAUCAUGGCAAUGGAGCAGGGUCAAAGGUUCGAGCAUCUCGAAGGCGAAAGACCCUGGAAGCAUGUGAAGGAAGUCGAUAUUGCGUUACCCUCCGCCACGCAGAACGAAAUGUCCAAAGACGAAGCAGAAGCACUGAUAUCUGCUGGCUGUCGCUUCAUCGCCGAAGGCAGCAACAUGGGCUGCGCACAAGACGCUAUCCAACUCUUCGAAUCGCGCAGGGCAGAUAAUCCGAACGGACGUGUGUGGUUUGCUCCAGGUACUUUGGCAACACCACUCUAA